GCUUCCUCUGCCAGCGCUGAGUCAGCUGAACCGAACCGGAAGCAAAACAAGCGGCAGUGAGCAGCAGCAGCGCGCGCUGCGGGAGAUCAAACAGCUGUUUCUGUUUAAACUGAAACUUUUAAACUUUUAAACUUUUAAACUUUUAAACUUUUUAUUUUGUUUUUGUUCUCGCGCGGAGCUGAAGUCGGACAGUGACGUCACCGAGGAACGACAGCGCGAGACACACCGGAGCGCGAGACCAACGCGGAAGUCGAAGUGAUGAAGAGGAGCCGGGUGCUCGCCGUGCUGGUGGGCGGGGUCUUCUGCGUGGUGGUGAUGUCACUGUACCGCAUGCUGGACUUGAUGCAGGGGGCGGAGCUUCAGCAGCACGUGGAGACACCUGAUGGACAGGACUUGUCCCGCCUCCAGCAGAAGAUUGACAGGUUGGAGCAGCUCCUUAGCGACAACAACCGCCUGGUCGCUACGCUGCGGGACUCCCUGCUGCAGCGCAAAGCACCAUGGGAAAGAGGAGGAGGGGCCAAUGUGAGCUCAGACUCCUCCCACAGCCCAGCUGACACGCUGCGUGGCUGCCGAUUGGCUGAAGAGAUGAAGGACGGAGCCGACGGCGUGCAGCUGCUCGACGUGUACGACGUCCUCCCGUUCGAUAACCGUGACGGCGGCGCCUGGAAACAAGGUUUUGAGAUCCGUUACCAAGGCAACGAGUGGGACGAGCAGCCGCUGGAGCUUCUUCUGGUCCCUCAUUCACACAACGACCCUGGCUGGCUGAAGACCUUUGACAGUUAUUAUCAGGAUCAGACCAAACUCAUCCUGAACAACAUGCUGCUCAAACUGACUGAAGACAGCAGGAGGAAGAUGAUUUGGGCAGAGGUCAGUUAUUUCUCGAAGUGGUGGAGCGACAUUGACGAGCAGAAGAGAGAGAUGGUCAAACGCCUGGUGAAGGCGGGGCAGUUGGAGCUGGUGACGGGCGGCUGGGUGAUGGCCGAUGAAGCAAACUCUCACUACUUCGCUCUGUUGGAUCAGCUGAUCGAGGGACACCAGUGGAUCCAACGACACCUGGGUGUGAAGCCGAGGAGUGGUUGGGCGAUCGAUCCGUUUGGCCACUCCCCCUCCAUGACCUACCUACUGAAGGGGGCGGGGCUUCAGGACAUGGUCAUCCAGCGCGUUCACUACGCCGUCAAGAAGCACUUCGCCCAGCAACGGACGCUCGAGUUUCUAUGGCGACAGAGCUGGGACUCCUCCCCCCGCAGUGACAUCACGUGCCACAUGAUGCCGUUCUACAGCUACGACGUCCCGCACACGUGCGGUCCCAACCCGUCCGUCUGUUGCCAGUUCGAUUUCCAACGCCUGCCGGGGAGGCGGGUCUUCUGCCCAUGGAGGAUCCCGCCACAGCCAAUCACAGAGCAGAAUGUCCGGGAGAGAGCUCUCCUCCUGUUGGAUCAGUACCGUCAGAAGUCUCGGCUCUUCCGCUCUCCGGUUCUUCUCGUUCCGCUCGGCGACGACUUUCGAUUCGUGGAUUCGAGCGAAUGGGACGCUCAGUUCAGUAACUACCAGAAACUCUUUGAUUACUUCGACCAGCACCCAGAGCUCCACAUCAAGGCUCGUUUCGGGACUCUGUCAGAUUAUUUCGAAGCUCUUCAUCGGCGUCUGAGCACAGCAGGAACAUCUCUGCCCACGCUCCGCGGCGACUUCUUCACCUACGCCGACCGUGACGAUCAUUACUGGAGUGGAUACUUCACCUCCAGGCCGUUUUACAAGCGCCUCGACAGGACGCUGGAGUCCACGCUCAGAGCAACAGAAAUCCUCUUUAGCCUGACGCUGGCUGAAAUGCGUCGUUUCCAUGGCGAUGGCCGCCUGGUCGAUGAUUUUCCGGCGCGUGAACACUUCCAGCGCCUGAUGACCGGGAGGCGGAACCUGGCACUGUUCCAGCACCAUGACGCCGUGACCGGCACCGCCCGCGACCCUGUGGUGGUGGACUACGGCACCAGAUUGUUUCACUCCAUCCUGAACCUGCGCCAGGUGCUGCAGAGCUCCGCCCACUGGCUGCUUCUAUUGGACAAGAGCCAGUACCACCACGACCAAUCAAAACCCUUCCUGCAAAUGGACGACGUGAUCUCAGCACAGGACGCUCUGCCUCAGAAGACGCCGCUCACGCUCAGUGAUGAGCCCAGGUCAUUGAUCGUCUUUAACCCGACAGAACAGUUCUGUACGUCUGUCAUCAGUGUUGGCGUCGACUCUCCAGACGCUCAUGUUGUCAAUGCAGAAACAGGUCGACCAAUGGUUGCGCAGAUCUCUGCGGUGUGGGCGGGGCCGAGCCAGGCGUCCACAGAAGCGUUUCAGCUCGACUUCGUCGCUGAACUUCCUCCUCUGUCACUUGUCGUGUAUCAUGUGACCAAAGCCCCUGUUGGCUCCGCCCACCGGGCUCAGUACACCUUCCAUCGUCGCGGCAACGCGCCGACCAUCCAGGCCAAACACUUCCAGGUGUCCAGCCCAGAAGGACCGGAGGCCGACGCCCCCCUGUCACUUAGCAACAAGCACGUCCAAAUAUGGAGCUCCCCGGAGACCGGCCUGCUGCAGAAGCUCCGUCUGCAGUCCGGUCUGGUCCGUCAGGUCCAGGUCCAGUUUCUGUGGUACGGAACCAGAACCAGAUCGAACCCGAACAAGAGCGGAGCCUACCUGUUCCUGCCAGGUGAAGAAGGGGCCCAGCCCUACUCGUCCUCAGAGCUCCCAUUGGUUCGUGUCUCCAGAGGUCCAGUCUUCUCUGACAUCACUUCCUGUUUCCGUCACUUCACACACAGAGUUCGACUCUAUCACCUGGAAGGGCAUGCUGGGAGGUCCCUGGAGAUUUCCAACAUGGUGGACAUCAGGUCAGAGUUUAACCGUGAGCUCGCCAUGCGGAUCAUCAGCGAUGUUGCCAACGGCAACCGUUUCUACUCCGACCUCAACAGUUUCCAGAUGCAGCAGCGGCGGACGCUGUCGAAGCUCCCGCUGCAGGCGAACUUUUACCCGAUGACCUCGGCGUCGUUCCUGCAGGACGCGGCGUCUCGAGUGUCUCUGCUGUCGGCUCAGAGUCAGGCCGUCGCAUCGCUCAAACCAGGUGAGCUGGAGGUGGUGUUGGACCGGCGGCUGCAGCAGGACGAUAACCGCGGCCUCGGUCAGGGCGUCACCGACAACAAGCUGACAGCGAGUCUGUACCACCUGCUGCUGGAGGACAGGAGGAGCGGGGCUCAGCAGGAAGUGGGAGGAGCCUCAGUUGAACACCUGUCACUUCUCGCCCACCUGACCUCACUCUCCUUGAGCCACCCACCAAUCACCAUGGUAACCCAAAGCAACACUGAGAUGCCGAAACUCCGCCCCUUCCUGCCUCUCAGCUCGUCGUUGCCGUGCGACGUUCACCUGCUGAACCUGAGGACGCUGGAGGACGCACAGGAAGCAGAAACCCCGUCACAGGAAGUGGCUCUGCUCCUCCACAGGAAGGGCUUUGAUUGUAGCUCCGCCCCCGAGCCGCCACUACAGUGCACGUGGAGCGCGCACGAGGAGGUGAAUCUGGACGAUCUCUUCGCUCCUCUUCAGUUUGGUUCUGUCCGUCAGACGGGUCUCACUCUGCUGCGAGAAGAUGAUGAACCAGAAUCCGCCCGGCAACAGCAGACGCCACGCAUCACUGUCCUCCGGCCAAUGGAAAUCAGCGCCUUCCGCGUGGAGAUCAGCUGAUCAGUCAGCUGAUCAGUCCACAGAGAAUUCAGAUAAAAACAGCUGAAGGUCAAACAAUCGAAACAUCGUCAGUAAAAAUUAUUCAGCUCAAAUUGACGUGAAAAAAAACAACAAACAAAAAAAAAAUUGGAAAUGGAAAAAAUGAUUUUCAAAAUAAAACAGAUGACUCGGACAUUUUAUUUUGAAAACUGGAGAUGUCGGAUCAGGUUACAGUCCGAGAAGCUGAAAGGUCAAAGGUCAGACGGAGAAAACACUGAAAUGAAACCUGUUGCUAUGGGAGACAGGGAGUCGGGUUACUACGGCAACAACAAUAAGGGACCAAAUGAGUGGUUAGCUCGUCUUUAAUGAAUGUUUUUAAAGGUGUGUGUGUGUGUGUGUGUGUGUGUGUGUUUCCAUGGUGACUGUCAGUCACAGAUUGUUAAAACGUCCUGCUGUUUUUUUGUGGUGCAUUGUGGGUAAACUGAUUGACUUGAUUUGGUGAUUUUUAUGAUUUUUAUGAUUCCGUGUUUGCACAGAUUUUCUUCUUGCUGUGAAUUCUGGGUAAAUUCUUUGUAAGUAUUUAAAGAAAUAUGAUUCAGCUUUUCUAAUUCAAAUAAAUUAUUAUUAAUUUC